AUGCCCAGACGCAACAGAGUCCCCAUCACCAAAACCAAGACAUUCAAUGGAAGGGAGGAUACUCUUGUGAUGGCUAUGCUCUACUUUUGCAUUGGAUCGAAGACAGUCGAGUCCGUCCAACGUCCAUCAAGCGGAAAGCAAGGCUCUUCCCCCGCCAGCCCAGGAUUUCCAUCUUGGGCUUUUGAUUUGGACAAGAUCGAUGAAAUCCUGACGCGGAUUGACCAAGUCGACACGUCCCUACUCGAGGGCCCCUUUUCUGUUUUUCCCAGCCGCCUCCCCGGACUGCACCAGGAAGUGGCCUUGGUGCAGAAGCAGAAGAACUUCGACAUUCCAUCACUAAGUUUACUCAGUCCGGUCCAAGAAUUGCCUUGGCUUACGGGCCAUAUCAUUUACCCAGGGCGCCAACUCACGCGCCGGUUGUUUCAUCACUAUAUAUCGGAUGUCGUGCAUGUGUUGCAACCGAUAAUGCAUUCUCGCAACUUCUAUACUACUGUGUAUGUUCCCCAAGCAAUCAUGGGGGGCAGCAGUCCCUGUGUCAAUGAGAUAUCGUUACCAAGCCACCGUGCGAUAUUCUACUCGUUACUUGCAACUGCGGCGUUCCAUGUCCGUGGGAUGGUGGCAGCUUCGCUCGAACACUCACAGCAAAUAACUCAAGUCGCUCAUGCGUGUCGAGUAAUGGCAUACCGCUUUCUACGCACAGCGCUCGCAUCAGGAUUUCAAACCGAUAUGGAAUGGCUAGCCAUCUUAUCAACUAUUCUCUCGUUCGUCACGAUCGAUGUUAUGGAAGGCAGCAUGUCCGAAUAUUACCUUCAUCUAGAGGCUUUCCAACACCUCGACUUACUAGGAACGAGGUCAAAAACCGACGCCCCUGGAUCAACGUCCAGAAUGUAUUUGCAGACAGCAUUUUACCUUCAGUUGACUUUGUCUGAAACAACGAAUUUUCACCUCCCCGGAAUACCAUGGCCACCUAAUACCGGAAUAUCAACCGAACUCACGAAUUCCCUUGCGCGGAAUCCCGCCAUUGAUGAUCAUAUGCUACAACAUACGUAUGGUCUCACUCACACCUUAUGUAGUUUCAUUCGCGCUGUGACGGUUCUAUAUCGACAUCGAUCCUACUAUCUUGGCCUGCAACAGCCAUUACCUGUCGGUCUUCGAAAGGCUGUCGUGACAAUGGAGACCAAGAUCAAAACCUGGGAAAUUGGUUCAGAGAUGAACCUUCUGUCCAUUGACGAUAAAUCAACGACUGGGGUAAACAUGAUGCGGAUUAUGAAUCUGCACCUGUCUGCCUUCCACAACGCUAUUCAGAUAUACUUUAUAACCCAUUUGAGUCCCUCGUUCAAUCAGAGUGAUCCGGAUAAUAAUACCACAGCCUUCUCCCACGAUCUCCCCUUCCUUGUCGAACAAGUGGCAGCUAAUCUCAUUGAAAUUGAGAAGAUGAAACGCGAGAUCUCGGCCCUGGCAAAUCGACAGAUCGCGCCAAUUAUGUGGCCUGGUUUUAUUGCAUCAUGCGAGUCUCGACUGGAAAACAGAGAGGUUUGGCUCAAGUGGUGGGGUGAAAUGAUGGACUAUCACAUCGGUAAUGUCCAUCUUCUGUGGCAAACGGUCCAAGAUGUAUGGCGUUUCCGAGAUGAAAUUCAGUCUAGGGGACAGCUUGUGCAUGAUAUUCCUCUCUGGAGAGCAUAUCUCGCGAAAAGCGUGAGAAAUAUAUUACCACUGUGA